AUGUUAUUUUUGUAUUCAACGUCACAGCAGCAACAACAACAGCAGCAAUCGAAGUCGACCAUUUCAAAGAAAUAUUUAAAGUCAAUUAGCCAGGAGGACGUUAAGAGAAAAUCAAGUUUCAGAUACUGGCUGUCAUCCUCUAUGAAGAAGUUAAGCAGAGGCCGAUUGGGAAUCGGCAGCAACAACAACAACAACAACGACGACGGCAACAACGACAGCAACAACUAUAACAACAUUAAUAACAAUAAAAACAAUAGCACCAUUAUCGGCGGCACCAACAGCAAAAAAAUUCUUCAGACAAAAUCCUACUCCGCACCGGACCGUGAUUACAACGAUGGCGACGAUGAAGAUGAAGAUGCUGUGGCUGCUUUUGCUGCUGCUGGUAGUGGUGGUGGUGGAAACUCAACUUUAGUGGAUGUGGUUGUAUUUGAAACCGGUGCUAUUGAAAGAGGGGGGGAUUUUGGAAGUAGAGGUUUUGCCACUGAGACAUUAAGAGACCAAACCUCAUUGACACGAUGA